CGUUGGUGUCCCGUUCUGCUACUCAAUUCCACUGUUGCGCGACAGCGAGAGAGAGGUCGAUCGGGUGGCCCACUCGAUCGCAGCCUCAGCGGGAUAUUUCACAAUAGAAAAGGAAAAGUUGGUGCGGCUGGUUGCGACUUUCUGCGCGCGGACAAAAGCGAGCGUGAGUGCGUGCGGUGCUGCGAUGCGUUUUGGUGGCUUGCGUGCGGAGCGCGUCGUCCCGAACCCAAACCCGUAGAGCCUCACCACACCGCCACAAUCGUACGCGGAGCGCCGACCAGCGCGGAUCAAUACACACACAUCUUCCCUGUGUGUGCCGCCUGUGCGAUCGACAAUCGUGUGUCGUCCAAGGCGCAGAAUAUAAUUUCAGUGAAUCACCUUGCGCGUGCAUCAGUUACAAAAAACGUUUUAGACUCGGUCCGUGCGCGCUCGGAUGCGACGCCCCCAGCAGCCAGCAAGAUGAAUAAUAAUAAUCACGGGCAGGCACGUCGCAACUCGUCGACGUUCAAUCGGCAUUCGAACAACGCGCGCCCGGCGCACGGCCACAAUCGAUGGGCGAAUCGAUACAAGACGGAUUAUGGCCGAGAUUACGCUGACAACGGCUUCAAUCGAGGGGAAUGCUCAAUGGCGCAAAACAACAGCCCCAAGGACUCCAAUUACGUGCACGGCUAUCCGAAAUCGCAAUUGAGUCCUGUUCUGCGCAAUAAUCAUAUCCACUACAACGAGCCGUCAGGUCAUAAUCACGCGCCGGAUCGAAGACAUCUCAAUCAAGUGGAGCGCCGUCCGAAUUAUCCGGCGGAUAGGCGUCACAUGAACCUGGCGGAUCGUCGUCAUAUCAGUCCGCCGUUACACAUCAAUAUCUGUGAGAACAAUACCAGCUUGUUAGGAUCGCCGCAAGGCGAGCAUCAUCGGCCCCUGCUUGAUUUUAAUCAGCGUCGUCACGGCAGAGGUAAACAUUAUAACUUAGAUUUAAAGAUUUUGAUCAUAUUAAUUUGUAUUAUUAUUAUUAUAGAUGUGAGGGUUAGUCCGGUGCAUUUCCAACAACACUCUCCUCCAUACUACGGCAGACAGAGCAGUGACGAAGGUAUCAAGUCGGAGAGCCCAUCGAGAAAACGAAGGCGGUUGUCACGGUCUGGGCAUCAUAUUGAGCUAGCUCCACAGCCGGCGUCACCGCCGAGAAGGUCACCCAGACAACACCCACCUUCAACGCAUACUAUGCAGGGAAGCCCACCAUUGCGCAGACCAAGAUAUCGCGAGCAACGUGACUUUAAUCAUUCGCAUUCGCACGCGCACGUCCAUCACCAGCCCUUCAUGCCCAGCUCGCCGACGGUGACACACGCCCACCCGCAUCCGCAUCAGUCGACCGUGAUGAUGAUGGAGAACUCGGUGACGAUUCCGCUGCACAAUCACCAUCAUCACCAUCACCACCAUCAUCACGAGAUUGCGCCGCCGCCGAUGUGGAACUACACGCCGGCGCCGCACAUUUCACUCUGCUCGGCGCCGCCUGGCGCGCCGCCUCACAUGCACAGUUGUCAUGUGUAUUCGCCGCAGUUGAUGCCACAGCAGUUCAUUCCGCAAGGUUAUGGGCCCUUCCCUUCACCGCCGCCUCUUUCUGCGAGUCAUUAUCAACAUAUUCCACCGCAGCGUCCAGAUGCACUUGAACUGGACUUAUUAAACGACCAUCAUGGCAGUUUACAUCCCCAUGGUCACAAUGGUAACGGCAACGGGGCUUUGCACGUGCCGCCAUUGCAGGUCUCGCCGCCGGUCUUCCUCGGCGCCGAGGCGCGUAACACGCAGUUGGAGUUGUUGCGCAAUCGGCGCACGCCGCGGUUGCAGCCGCUGCCGCCGCAGACGCGCACUCGCUGGCAUGCACCGCCAGCGCCACUUAUGGCUCCGCCGCCUCAGUAUUCCGGUUUUCUAUUGCAUUUCCUCGCCAUGUUCUCCAAUCCACCGUUAUCUCCGUUCAGCCAGACAGACCUGUCCAGUUCGGACUCAGUGGGUGCUGAGACGGAGAACUACGAGGCUCUGCUUAAUCUCGCUGAGCGUUUAGGUGAAGCGAAACCACGCGGCCUCGCCAAGCUUGAGAUCGAGCAGCUGCUCAGCUACAAGUUCAACGCCGAUACGCACCAGGGCGAUCAGACCUCGUGUGUUGUCUGCAUGUGCGACUUUGAGGCGCGCCAAUUGCUGCGUGUGCUGCCCUGCUCGCACGAGUUUCAUGCCAAAUGUGUCGACAAAUGGCUCAGGUCAAAUCGAACUUGUCCAAUAUGUCGAGGUAACGCAUCAGAAUACUUCAAUAAUAGUGAUUAAGCGAACAUUGUUUAAAAAACAACAAAAAAACAAAAUGUACUGCAAUAUUCAGGUAAAAAAGAAGUUUGUUUCGCAUUCUUGUUAUAAGCUUAACGCGAGCGGCAAAGUAAACAAUUGCUAAACGAUAAAGGCAAAACCAAAUAAUAACUCUCAGAAACAAAACAGAAACAAACACAAGCAAAUACCAAGCAACGCGAAAAUAUCUCAUUCAUCAGUGCCAUUAGCAGCCAGUAAAGUCACAAUUUUAACGAUAGUUCUUAAUCUUAAAACAGAAGCAUCAUAAUAGUAAGUUUAAUGUCACUUUCAAGCAGAAACUAAAACCAAACCUAUAAUAUGAGCUACUAAUUCCCCCUCGUUAACUUCGGUUUUUGUUUUUUCUUCUCGUUAUAAUUCAAUUAACUCUUCCUUAUGUAACAUAAAAAAACUAUUUACUAUUACUGAAAACUGCAAAACAAUGUAUUCUACGAUAUUAACAUAAGUGUUAAGGGCUUUGUAAACAAAAUGAAAGCGAAACAACUUAAGUAUAUAAUUCACAGGGUGUUCAUGUAUAUUUAUCUCGAUUUGAAAUUUACAUUUUAAAGUCAUACAAUAUGCAAUAAGACGUGUGUGGAUAAGUCGCGGAGAGUGCUGCUCACAAAACACAGUUUACAUAAGUUAAUUUAAGACGAAUUAACGAACGCGAUUUGUUUAAGUUGUUGCGCCGUUGUUGAGUUUUGAGCACGAAGCAAAAAAGCCGAAAAAGAAAACGCAAUAUUUAUCAACUACCUCCAUUAAUAUUUGCGCAUUGUUUUCGAAUCGAAUCGGGAGUUUGUUACCUACGAACCAGCAACGGAUAAAUCUCAUUAAUGCCAAAAUUUUGUUUGUUUUGCAUGAGUGUUCGGUUUUGCAUCCGCCACGAACAUGUAUCGCAAUGUAUUUUUUAUGUAUGUAUUAUCUAAUUUUUGAACAUUUCGAAUUUCAUUUGUUUUAUUUUGAUGAAUGAACGUGUGCAAAGCCGUGUUUUGUAAUGAACGCCAAUAGUUGGCGGGUAUAUGCUUUGUUACUAUUAAUAUUGUUGUGUGAUAUGCGCAAGCCGCAGCUCGCGACCGUACACCAUCCAUAAUAUCACGUUCAGUCGCUAGUUGUGGCUCUGCACUUCCUAGUUACUAAGUUAUUAAUGAAUUUGAUUACUUCUUAUGAACGUUUCUACUACUCUACAAUUAAUUUUGCGAGCAACUAUAUACACUUAUUGCAAUUUUGUUACGAUUAAUUCUAGCUAAUUAUUUAUUAUCAUUUAGUUAAUUCGAUGAUAAAUGGUCGCGCGAUGUUUUGUUUGGUUGUGUAGCGAUUGUGUAAACACUGCUUUACUAUUUGUUAACCGCAAUUUUACUACUCACAAAUUUCUCUGCGAAUCUUAAUUGAACGAUGAAUCAUUUGCAAUACUAGCGUUGAAAUAAUGAAUAAUUUUAGUUUAUUGUUUUGUUCAAUCAGUGGUACAAAUGUGAUUAGUUUUUAAUUGAUUAUUCUAAGUGUGAGAUCCUAUUUUUUGGUAGGAUGUGUUAACGUUUAUAAGUUGUUAUUAGUUACCAAUUGGGUUAAUUUUUUUCAGCUAUUGUGCAUGCUUUACAAAUUACAUUCUUGCAAUAUUUUAA